AUGGAUGGCACUAUCAAAGGCAGAUGCUGGAUUAGAAUCGAUCCAUAUCAUCGAACAGCCAUGCUAGAUGAGCAUGGAACUAGAAAUUGUUCGCAAACAUUCAGACAACAUCAGCUGUGCCUUAUUGAAAACAUUAGCUACGAUAAUUCAUCAGACGCUUUUUCCGUGCGACUUAAACUUUAUCGAUGUCGAAAAAUGCAAACUAUGUAA